AUGACGUUGAAGCCGGAUCUUGCUUCCGAUGGUAUCAAGUAUUUGAUUCAAGAGACUGAUACAUGUUUUGAUGGUAUCGUUGGUGUACCCUAUGCCGCUUUGCCGUACGCAACUUUGGUGUCUUUUCGUUGCAAGAAGCCGCUUAUUAUUAUUAGAAAAGAGGCGAAAACGUAUGGUACCAAGAAAUUAAUUGAAGGUGUUUAUGAUAAAGGUGCUAAAGUGAUCAUCAUCGAGGACGUUGUAACAACUGGAGGAAGUAUUAGAGAGGUCGUAAGCACUUUACGCGCUGAAAGUCUCGUAGUUGAGGACGUAUUCUGCAUUCUUGACCGUGAACAAGGUGCUGCAGCGAAACUUAAGGAGGACGGGAUCACGCUGCACAGAUAUGUAGUCUCGGUUUUUCCAUCCAAGAAAUUAUUCUUAUUCAUGAAGUCAUCGUUUAUUGCUUUCAUUUUCAGUCUUCUUAAUAUGGAGGCCGUAAUCUGUUUCCUCCGAUCUGUUGGCGUUAUUAAUGCUGAAACUUGUUCAGAUAUUAUUGCAGCACUAAAUCUCAGCUACAAGGAGGUAACGCUUUUACAGAUAUCUUCGGAAAUGGAAGACCUAGCGAGUCUUCCAGUUCAGAACUUGGCACGUUUACCUCUGCAUGAACGCGCGAAAGAAGCUGUCUGUUCUUUGAAUAAAAAAAUUUUCUCGUUAAUACUCAAGAAGAACUCUAAUCUUUGUCUUGCAGUGGACUAUACUGAAGCAGACAAGAUUAUUCAGUUGAGACUCGCCUGUCUUGGCGGUGAUUGUCCUCGUAUAAUUCCAACGAAGUGCUUAAAAUUACAGCUGGUUGAGAAAGCAGGUCCAUUUGUCAUAGCCAUCAAAGUGCAUGCUGACGCAAUCGUGGACUUCUCCAAAGACUUCACUGCACGAUUAGUCCGGCUGGCUAAGGACCACGAAUUUUUCAUUUUCGAAGACAGGUAUUCAAAAGGAAACACUAAUCUUCUUCAGCUGAAAGGAGCUCUUCAUGUGGCCGAAUGGGCUGAUUUGGUCACAGUUUAUGCGACGCAAGGUUUUGAGUCAAUAGGACCAGCUUUUCGUCAGGUUGUCCUGGAUCCUGCAUACCGCUUGAGUGGGAUUUUGCUUAUCGCACAGCUUAGCACGAAGGGCUCUCUCACUUCUCUUCCUGGCUAUACCCAAGGUGGAUACUAUGUUUACUUUAUUUUCGAGGCAUACAUUACAAAAGAAUCUAUAGCGGUAACUGAGAUGGGUGAAGCCAACCAAGAUGUGGUUUGUGGUUUCAUCUGCCAAGCUCGUGUUUCAUCUCAUCCACACAUGCUUCACUGGACUCCUGAUUUAUACCUUCAGGCAAUUAUACGCCAACAAAACGACAUAGUGAUCGUUGGUAGAGGAGUAACUUCGAGUACGAGUCCCAUCCAGGAGUUGACUCGCUAUAGAGAGGCGGGUUGGACAGCACUUAUGGCAAAGAACUAG